CAGCGGAUCUAUAUGGACAAAUAGACACAUCAGCUCCCCCAAGUCCGUCUCAUUAACAGUUUAAAUGUACAUACAGUUAGAAAACAUGGAUGCCCCUCAUCAAGUAUUUGAGUUGAACAUUUCAGGGAAGUUGUUUGAAGUAACCGCGGACGUUCUUGCUCGGUUUCCGAAGUCACGACUAGGUAAACUGGCUGUAGAAUCAUCAGUGUCGCUAACACAAGGUACGGGUACUAAGAAGACUUUAUCCUUCAGUCGUCCCAGCCCGCCUUUUGAUGACAUUUUAGCAUACUACCAAACAGGCGAGUUACAUAUGCCAGUCAACAUCUGUCCAAAGGCAUACAAAAGAGAGCUGGACUUCUGGGAGUUAGACCCGGAUGAUAUGCAGUAUUGUUGCCGAUUUAAAUACCUGGCGUUUUUCGAUGAGUUCGAGACAAUCUCAACUUUUCAAGCCAGCAUUGAGAAAACAAAUUUUACAUCGGCAGUGAGCAACUCUUCGUUAUCCACGAUAGGAAGAUUUCGGGCUCGAGUCUGGUCAGUCAUAGAGCACGAGGAAUCGACGGUUAUUUCCAAGAUUGUGAUGAUGUUUUUGGUGCUAUGUGUCGCCACGUCCAUCCUCAACCUCUCCCUCGGAACUGUUGAUUCCUUCAAACAACGUAUCAGUCUCACUUCUCUCCAUAGUCACCUUACCGAUCUUGUCGAGCAAGAGGGUGGCGAUUACGACGAUAUUAUCGACAUUUUGGAAGUGACAUUGUGUGGCGAUAACUGGGAGUGUGUUUUAGACGAGUUUGAUGCAUAUCUCGAUGAAGCUGAGGAAAACAACAUCACAUCCAUUGGACACGAGCAUAUGAACUUCGAUCCAAAGGAACUGAAAAGAACUCUGGAGAAAUUCAAAAGUCUCACUCAACAUAAAACACGGCAUUAUGCAAUGAUUGUUAUUGAUUUUGUUCUGUUGGUUAUUUUCUUUAUAGAAUUAAUCGUGCGCCUCUGCGCCUGUCCUAGUCUCAGGCGCUAUUUCCUGAGUCCACUGAAUGACAUUGACAUCCUGAUUCUGGUAACUGCAAUCAUUGAUGUUGUUAUAGAAAACUGGUACGCUAAGUUCCGGUAUUCUGACAAGGGUAUUCGAAUACUGUACUACCUUCAAAUGCUUCGUGUACUGCGAAUCCUGAGAUUUGUCAACAAGGUUCCGUCCAUACAAGUACUCAGCUACACUGUGAGGACAAAUGUCACAGACCUCGUGGUUUUAUUCCUGUACGUUCUCGUUGGUGUGAUAAUUAUUUCAAAUUUUGCAUAUUUCGCUGAGGACAAGAGCACGUUUACAGACAUGCCGGAGUCGUGGUGGUGGGGCGUGAUCACCAUGACAACCGUUGGAUACGGAGAUGUCGUUCCAAAAACUGCUUUAGGGAAGAUUAUGGGAUGCAUAUGCGCACUGUGUGGAGUCCUUUCUCUUUCAAUUACAGUCCCUGUGUUCGUAAACACAUUCAUCUCACUAUAUCAGAUCUCGAAUAUCUACAACAGGUAUUUGAAACCAAAACAAAAUCAGGUUAGUCCAACUACCAGAACUAUGACAUCCAGAGUUACGAUGCAGCCCGACACCGGACCAGACUCAAUCAGCCUUGACGGUACGCCUGUAACCACAGAAAAGGUUACUUGAUUGUUAACAAUAGCGCGAUGCAUGCUGAUUAUGUAUCGAAAAGAAUCCCAUUUAGUUUGUUUACUAACUUGAGCUUAUCACAGACGUCUGCAUCUAAUUAGUAUUGAUAGACAAAAUGUUUGCCUCUAAUCCUACUAUUUCAAAAAGGUGUAACACUUGUAGGUCGGACGAUCAAUCGACCAUGAAACAUUGCUGAAGAUUGUGUAUAUUUGACAUUUUAGUCGGAUUGAACCUCAAUUCAAAGCAAAUCGAAGCUCGUCCCCUAUUCCGACUUUUCAAGUGUUGGACGUGAUGAUUUUUAGGAGUAGGGGUUAAUAUUUUUAGGAGUAGGGGUUAAUAUUUUUAGGAGUAGGGGUUAAUAUUUUUAGGAGUAGGGGUUGAUAUUUUUAGGAGUAGGGGUUGAUAUUUUUAGGAGUAGGGGUUAAUAUUUUUCUAUAAAUAUUAACCAGAAUGAGAUGCAGACGCCUGUGCGCAUAUAUCAUAUUCAGUGAAAACAAUUACCCAACCAGAAUCUGCAACACAAUACGAUGGCAUUUCGUAUCAUGGGACACUAGUAUUGAUCUAUGACAAAUCUCUA